UUGUGCAUUUGAUUAUCUUUUGAUAAUAAAAAACCGCAUAACCGAGUACGACAUCGGAGGUUGAGGGCGGCGGAGAGCUUCACCGGCGCUGUUACACGGCGUCCCUCUCGAUCUCCAUUCUUCUCGGUUGAAAAAAGCAAAAAAAUUCGAAAAACACACACAAAAACAAUAUUUGUAUAUUCGUUACAUUGAUUUAUUUCACAUCUCAUGAACUGUUGAUGCGACGAUCGCAUACCCGUGCCAGGGUGAAGACUAAACCGGAAAAAUCAGCUAUGGAUCCGGUUAAGUUCCAGAUCCGCUCCUCGAACCGAUCAUCAUCAUCUUCCUCAAUCUACACCCUUACCAAAUCCAAUUCCAAACACGCGAAAUCGAAUCUCUUCCUAACCGUCGCUUCAAUCGCCACCGUAUUGGGUUUCCUCUUCGUCUGCUACUCGAUUGCAUCCUCCGGGAGAGGAUCGCUUCGCUACAACGUCGUGAUCGACGGCGGGAGCACGGGGACCCGGAUCCACGUGUUCGGGUACCGGAUUGAGUCGGGCAAACCGGUUUUCGAGUUCCGAGGAGCAAAUUACGCGAGCUUGAAGCUGCAUCCGGGCUUGUCGGCGUACGCGGACGAUCCCGAGGGAGCGAGCGCGGCGUUGACGGAGCUUGUUGAGUUCGCGAAGGGGAGGGUUCCGAGGGGAAUGUGGGUGGAGACGGAAGUGAGGCUGAUGGCGACGGCGGGGAUGAGGUUGCUUGAGGCGCCUGCACAGGAGAAGAUUCUUGGGGUUGCGAGAAGUGUUCUUGGAUCUUCUGGGUUCUUGUUUAGAGAUGAAUGGGCCUCUGUUAUCUCUGGUUCUGACGAAGGUGUGUAUGCUUGGGUUGUUGCGAACUUUGCUCUUGGUUCGCUUGGUGGUGAUCCGAUUAAGACAACUGGGAUUGUUGAGCUUGGUGGAGCUUCUGCGCAGGUGACGUUUGUGUCUAAUGAGCCAGUGCCUUCUGAGUUCUCACGUACAAUAUCAUUUGGAAAUGUUUCUUACAGUCUCUACAGUCACAGCUUCCUUCACUUUGGCCAGAAUGCUGCACAUGAGAAGUUAUGGGGUUCGCUUGUCUCAAGAGACCGUAAUUCAGCUGUGGAACCUACACUGGAAGGAAAACAUGCAGACCCUUGUGCUCCUAAAGGAUACAGCCUCGACGCAAUCACACAGAAGCAUCUAUCUGGAUUUUUAGCUGAAGAAAGCAAACUCGCAUCUUCUUUUCAAGCUGUGGGUAAUUACUCAGAGUGUCGUUCAGCUGCACUAUCAAUCUUGCAAGAAGGAAAUGAUAAAUGCUCGUAUCAGCAUUGCUCUAUUGGAUCAAUGUUCACGCCUAAGCUUCAAGGAAGAUUUUUAGCUACAGAAAACUUCUUCUACACCUCUAAGUUCUUUGGGCUGGGAGAGAAGUCGUGGCUAUCUAAUAUGAUAUCGGCUGGAGAAAGAUUCUGUGGAGAAGAUUGGUCAAAGUUGAGAGUAAAAGACCCGUCACUCGAGGAAGAGGAUCUUCUUCGGUAUUGUUUCUCAUCGGCAUAUAUUGUAUCAUUGCUUCACGAUACUCUCGGUGUUCCUCUUGAUGAUGAAAGAGUCGGGUUUGCGAAUCAAGCAGGAGAUGAUAUACCGCUAGAUUGGGCUUUAGGUGCAUUCAUUCUACAAACUGAAGCGUCGACCUCGCAGCACGCAUCCUCUAGUCACCUCCAUUGGUUCUAUGCUCUGUUUGGUAUCGACUCGCAGACGCUGCUAUAUUUCAUCGGGGUACCAAUCCUGAUGACAGUUUUGGUAUGUUUGAUAUCUAAAUGGAGAAAACCGCAGCUGAAAACGAUUUACGACCUUGAGAAAGGUCGAUACAUAGUCAGCCGCAUUAGAUGACCUUGGUUCAAACCGGUUUUCACAUGAAUCUCGUCUCUUUAGAAGCUUGUGAUCAUAAAGUUUUCUCCAUUUUUUAAGGUUCCGUACAAGCUGUUCUUGAGCGAGCAGCGUCCGAGUGACUUAUCAACAACGGCUUAGCAAUUGCUGGGAAUCAUGGGGGUAGGAAAGUAGUUUCUGUAUUGUAAUGGAGAGGUGUAUGCAUGAUUUCGAUGUUUUAGAGAGCUUUUCUUGUGCACCAAGUUCGGUUUAGACUAUUAACAUUUGUAUUAUAAAAAACAUUAUAUAAAAUUUCGAAAUAUAGUUUGAAAUGAUGAGAAAUUAUGUCUUA